CUUAGGCAGCCCGUCCUGUCCCUGUGACACUCCCUCCCUUCUAGAGCUAUAAGGGUGUGGGCUCAAGCACUUCCUCAGUCUUGAGGCUAGGACAGCCCAGCUCAGAGCAGCAGCCUUCACCAUGGAGCAGCUGAGCACAGCAAAUGCCGCUUUCGCCCUGGACAUUUUCGUCCUCCUGUGUAAAGGCAACCGCGCGGGGAACAUCUUCAUCUCGCCCUACAGCAUCUCAUCGGCCAUGGGCAUGAUCUUCCUGGGGUCCCGAGGCGACACCGCAGCGCAGAUCUCCAAGGGUCUUCAUUUUGAUAAGGUGAAGGAUGUUCAUUCAAGUUUUCAGAGCCUGAAUGCAAAACUGAAUAAAUGUGGAGCCUCCUAUACUCUGAAACUUGCUAACAGAUUGUAUGGAGAAAAAACCUAUGAUAUCCUCCCAGAGUUCUUGGGGUCAACUAAGAAAAUGUAUGGUGCAGAAAUGGUCAGUGUGGAUUUUCAGAAUGACACUGAAAACACAAGAAAGACAAUAAACAAGUGGGUUAAAGAACAGACAGGAGGGAAAAUUCCAGAACUGUUGGCUCCAGGUGUGCUUGAUGACACGAGUAAACUUGUGCUAGUGAAUGCCAUCUACUUCAAGGGAAAGUGGCAGGAGAAAUUCCUGAAAAAUGACACAACCGAUGUGCCAUUCAGAUUGAAUAAGAAAGACACAAAAACAGUGAAGAUGAUGUUUCAGAAGGCAAAAUUUCCAUAUGGUUACAUUGAAGACCUUAAGUGCCAGGUGCUAGAGUUGCCUUACCAAGAUGCAGAGGUCAGCAUGAUUAUUCUGCUGCCAGAUGACAUCGAGGAUGAAACCACAGGUCUGGAGGAGAUUGAGAAACAGUUGACUUUGGAAAAACUGCGUGAGUGGACUGAGAAUCUGGAGACCAUGGAGGUCAACGUCCAUUUGCCUCGGUUUAAAGUGGAAGAGAGCUACAAUCUUAACAACAAUCUCACCAACCUCGGGGUGCAGGAUCUCUUUAAUAGUAGCAAGGCCGAUCUGUCUGGCAUAUCAGGAGCUAGAGAUCUUUCUGUAUCAAAAAUUAUCCACAAGGCCUUUAUAGAUGUGAACGAAGAGGGAACAGAAGCAGCGGCUGCCACAGCAGGCGUCGCUGUCUUUGCCAUGUUGGUGCAGGAGGUAAAUUUCCUCGCCGACCACCCUUUCCUCUUCAUUAUUAAGGAGAAGAGUGCAAAUACACCCCUGUUCAUUGGCAGACUUUCUUCCCCUUAGAACAAAGAGACCCUGGAAAUAUGAGAAGCUCAGAGCUUUAUUCCCUGAGCUAUUAAUGGUGGCAGUGUUCCUUUAUCUUUACCAGUGAAAUCAGCUGGAAAAAAAUCUUUCAUUUACUUUGUAAAUUUCUCUCUAUUGGCCUUUUACAAGCAUAUAUUUUGGAAUAGGCAUGUAUUUUUCCUUUCUAGUGCUGAAAAAAGAAAACACACCCCCUUCCUGGCUGCUUUUGAAAUGCACUGUUUUGAGAAAAAAGAAAAAUUUAGAUGUGCAGAUUCUAUGACACUGCAGUAAUUUAUGACCAUGCAGUACUGUCCUGAUAGCCGUGACAAAACCAUGACAUUUUCCAAAAUCAUAUUGUCCUUGGUCUGGAAUUAGAAUAAAGCACAAAGAAGAGGUGCAAUCUAUGUUACAUAAGGAAAGUAAUGAUGCUCCAUGAAAUGAAUGCACUCAUAGUGACAGUGGCUAGCUAGUUUCCUGCAGGGAUGUGACAUGGGAACAUGCCACUUACUUUAUGGCUAGAAUGUCAGAAGCCACCCUGACUCUGGAAGGAAGGGUUAAACACAGAUAUGCAGUCAACACAGACGCAAACAGUCCAGUCAAGAGCCUGGGUGAUGGAGGCAAACUUAUUUUGCCCUCCAUUUGGGCCCUUUGUCCCACAAGAUGAGGACUCAGUCUCAGCCCUCUAGGGUCUCCACAGUUAAGUUAAAGAGUCACCAAGCCCCAGCCCGCACCCCUCGCUGUUCUCCCUUAGCUAUGCUGUGCGCUUUGUGUGAGGUCACAGAAUCAGGAAGUGGGGUCCGAUGAUCACAGAUGUUAAGGAGCUGCAGAAAGAACAAUGUAGUUGUUAAAGCAGCAAGAAACUGCCAAGCAAACAGGGAGUGCAGCUCCCUCACUGGGAACUGACUUCUCCUGUGUUUCUCCCCAAAAGCUGACUUCCACCCUUUUGGUUGUUGCAGAGAGGGAACUCUUGGGCAGUGGUGUGAAGGGAGACGAGGUGGGGACUUCUGUAUUAAUAGGAACCGAUGUCACCUGUGCUUCUUUGAAUGGGGCUGAAGUGCUGUAUUUUCUUGCUUCCAAGGCUGGCGAGCACCGCGAACUAAUAAAGCUUCCAUGGGUUCUGCAAGCCA